AUGUCCGUUGCUACCCUCGAGCGCUCUGGAUCCUCAUCCCUCCCGCGCCCCCCACCCGACUCCGAGGCCGGCGCCCUCCGCGCGCUCCCCCGCCCCAUCCCUAACUCGUACUGGGCGACGCCCUUCCUGGUCGCGUGCGAGUUUCCGUACUGCCCACUCACGCCCGCUCAGCUCGCCCGCCGCUGCGCUGCCCAGAAGCUCGACGCGCUGCUCGACGCGGGCGUGCGCACGUUCGUCGAUCUCACCGAGCCACACGAGCUCUUCUCGUACGCGCCGCACCUCGCCGCCGCGUGCGCGCAGCUCGGCAUCGACCCAUGCGACGUCGAGUACCACAACUUCCCUAUCCGCGACCGCGCGCUCCCCACGUCGCCCGCGUUCGUGUGCAAGAUCAUGGCCGUCCUGCGCGACACGGAGAAGCGCGGUCGCGUCGCCGCCGUGCACUGCCGCGGCGGUAUAGGCCGCACAGGCCUUGUCAUCGGCUGCUGGCUCGUCGAGAGCGGGCGCGCAAGAGACGGCACGGACGCGUUGCGUAUGAUCGCAGAGGAGUGGAAGGGUGUCGAGAAGUGCAAGCGCUACCCUUACAGCCCCGAGACGGGGCCCCAGUUUGAGUGGGUCCGCACCUGGACUGACGUUACUACGACUGCGCCUGCAUGA